AUGAACGCCGAACAGCGCCAGGCCACUGGCGCUAGUAGCAAAUCCAAACGGCGAUGGACCGAACCAGAAGAUGACGGGAAGGCGACGGGGGAACCGAAGCGUCAGCGAGUCUCACGGGCUUGCGAUAGUUGCCGGUUGAAAAAGGACAAAUGCGACGGAAUACAGCCAGUGUGCUCGACUUGCGCAUCCCUUUGCCGACCAUGUACCUACAAGGCCAACCCGAAGAAGCGAGGCCUGCCCACGGGCUACAUUCGCUCGCUGGAGUUGCUUUGGGGGCUAGCAUUCCAAAAGAUCCAAGGCAGCGAAGACGUCAUGCGAGCUUUGAUGCGAUCAAUCAAUCUUCCCAGUCACUUGGCUACGAUGGGCAAGGAAGCAGAGGGGUCGGAUGCAUUGCUAGCUUCCUUCAAAAACAGCACAGUACUCAGAGACAUUGAACGCAUACUGGUAGUACUGGAACAGCCUGAGGAGGAAAGGGAGAGAAAUCUGCACGCAUAUGGCGAAGGGGAAACACCUCUGGAUGUCGAAGCGAUUCUUUCUUCGGCUGAAGCACAGGAGUGGCAGAUCCCAGAAGGCAUGGAAGCCCACGAAACGCCAUUACCGGGAGUAUCGCCGACUCGAACCACUGCGAAAGUUACCGGACCACGCCCGACUGCAGACUGCGGUAGUCAGACAACUACACCAGAUGACCAACCCUCGUCCUCUUUCACCUUCCUACCUAACCAUGAUCGCCCUCGACCGCUCGCUGUGAAAACCCCUCUUCAACUCCCCUACAACGCAUGGCCCCUUUUUGAUGUGUAUUUCUCCUACACGCAGUGUUGGUUUCCCAUACUCGAGAAACAUGACAUACUCCGCACCGCUUUUCAAUAUACCGAAGGCGAUGUACACGCAUCGGUUUUAACCCCCGGGUCUGGGGAGCACGCGGCCUUGUGGGCUGUUCUCACUCUCGCCUCGCUCCAGGAUGCUUCCAUCUCAGCCUCCAGCGAAGUAGAAGAUAAGCCUAGUGAUCAGAUGACCCCAUCACAAAUGUAUGCUACUGCCCGACAAUUGAUUCCGCCUGAGAGUGGCCCGCACGAACUCGGACACGUGCAAGCACUUCUGAUCCUGGGUCUAGUCAAAUUCGGACAGCAAGAAUGGACUGGCUCCUGGAUGCUUGUUGGUCAGGCUGUUCGGAUAGCGCAUAUACUAAAUCUCGAUCAACCUUCGUAUUCAUCAUCAUCAUCGAGAACCCCGGAUCAAGAAAAACAGCCUGGUCGAGCAAAACAUGUGUUUUUGGGUUGCUUUGUUCUCGAGACCCUCAUUGCGGAAUCAACUUCACAAUGCCCAUCUCUGCGAAAGGCAGAUUUAUCCAGGAUAGGCUCCAUCAAUGAGGAUGGUCUUGAGGAAUGGCAUCCUUGGGAAGAUCAAACUGGGUUACGCCCAGCCCAAUCCUCACGGGCGUCUAUGCAGCGUGGUCCCCUUCACGCGUUGAGCACUUUCAACCGCCUCGUCAACCUCGUCUCGAUUUUGAAUGAUCUAUGCUGUUGCAAGCACGACCCAACAAUAUCUCGAUCGCAGCUGGAGCAACUGGAGUUGCAAUUACAGCGCUGGGUAACAGAAUUACCAAAGAGCUAUCGUGUAGAUCUACAAAGUCGCCCUGUGAGACUUGCUUCUCCACAUAUUUUUGGGCUAGAGAUGACAUAUGAAAGUGUUGUCAUUGCUCUUAGCUCUCAAAUUGCCAUUCGUGAAUAUGAUCAGAACAUACCUGAACCCCCUCACAAAAUCCGUGCUACAGAAAGCUCGAAAAGGCUUUUGCAAUUGCUUCAGGCCUAUAUGGAGACAUACAGCUUUUCAGCCACCGCACCAACAUUUGGUCUGAUGCUUCGAUUUGGUCUUCCGCGAUCCAUUUCUAGGGACCUCCCGUCAGUCCUUGAUACGGGUUUACGAAAUAACAUCCACAAUUUUUCCUCGAAGCUCUCUAUGUUGUGGACUAUGCCAAACCCACAAACCGCCGGUCGAAAUGUAUCACAAAGAUCUCAACUACUGGGUACUUCUCCUGCGCUCUCACAGCACAUCGAUGCCUCUACCGGUGGAGACAUGGCAAUCCCGUCAUCGCUUUCGAUCGCCACAACUUCGCAUCUUCUUCAUGCCACACAUGCGACACAUGGGCCCCAAAAUACUACACAUUCUGCGGCUGUCCCUGAAAACCCAUUCCUCUCCACACCUUGGCUUAGAACCACACAACACAUCGAAGAUGUAUCUCUUCUCCGUACGCCGUCAUCCCUAACCUCCGUUGGGGGCGCCUCUGAAGUUCCUGCACUGCAGGGCCACUUGGAUGGUUCUCUUAGCAGCGGGCUUCCUCACCCUACAUCAGUGGCUAGCGAAUCCCAUAACAGUACCGGAAUUCUCACCGAGCUUUCGCCAUCAUAUCACCAAACCGCACAAUACCAUCCAACGGGAUUCCAUGACCCAUCGGUCAAUAUGGGCACGUUCGUUGACAUGGAUGGCUAUGCGCGUCCACGGAGGCAACGGAUUGCUCCUGAUCUCGAUGCAUUAUUUGAUGAGCUCGCAUCAUUAGAUGGUGCAGAAAAAGCCGACAAUCAACCGGAGUUUAUGCAGAACCUAGGUUUUGUCUCUGAUGUGGGCAUUCCUGAGCUCUACUCGUUCUCCGGUCAGAUCGAGCCUUUCUUGCUGGCGCAGACCCAGCAGCUACCUAAUAAUGGCACUCCCUCUGGUAUGCGACGAGAUUCGGGGCCGCUUAACAUGUCGGGAACCCCCAAGCGAUGA